AUGACAGAUUCUCCUGUGCAGCCGGACUUGGUGCCCGUUUGUCCAUGUGAAGUAUCUGUACGGGAUUGCCUUGACACGCUCGCAGAGUUGAACAAAGUUGAGAAUGCGAAUGAGUCGACUGCUCGGGAUAUUUGUCACCUUCAACUACUCGGUGCGAGGCUGCAUUGGUGGGCAGUGAGAUGGGACACACUGGGAGCCAAUCGGACCGCUUCGGUGGCUCCAGACGCCCAAAUCCAGUGCUCACUAGGCAUUAUUUCUGAUUUGGUGAAUUAUCUAACGCCAUCCUAUGAGGACAAGUACGAUGAGACCGGAGCUAUCAUGGAACGGCAGGAGAUGGCUUUGUCAGCUGAAGCAGUUCAAGAGCGUUUUACAAGACUCCGUCAUCAAAUAAGGGAAUUAGAGGGCUUUCUUCCAUCCGACUCUGCUCUGAAGGGUGCAGUCAUUUUCAACCACGCUCUAUCUGCUAGUUUCGAAAAACUCAUCGCGUUGAGUCGCCAAGAGGGCAUUGAUGACUUUACCAUGUCGCUUGCCCGCCUGAAGGUCGCCAGUCUAUGUCACGUCAGCGAGGUCGUGGACUAUUGGGGGGAAGCAUCGGGGAAACUCGAUGCUAAUCCCGAGUAUCUACGCGACAAUGAAAGUAGACGGUCUUACUUCGCCAAUUACAACAAAGGCUUGGUUCUUGUGAGCAGCAAAUAUGUCCCAAGUAGCCACAUCACUCAUGAGCGUACCCUCAAGAGGCUCUUCUGGCAGUUGAAAAUUUCGGAGGACAUCAAAGAACUACGAAUCCUCCCUUGUCUGGGGUAUUUCUAUAAAUACCAUCCAUCUUUGGUAUACGAUCAUAUUCGUCAUAAGCUCAUAUAUUCUAUCCAUGGGAAGGACGCUGUAUCACUGCGAGACAUGUUACGCUCGAAAAAUAUCAAUGAUUUCUGA